UAGAAAAUGAUCUAAACUGUUAAGCAUUAACUGCAGUGAAAAGAAUCCAGAGCAGAGAGGAAAGUGAUCUAGAACUUGGACAGAGAGAGAACAAAAAGCAGGAUUUUUUUAAAGGAGGCACUGACUCAGAAUCAACAAAACAGCGUAGAUUUCAAGAAGUUCAAUGUGAAUACUUGAGAACAGUUUACAGUGGACAUUGUAAUUCAAUUCAAAUUUAUACACUAUGGGCAAAGAGGAACAUUUGUUAAGUAAUGCUUUCGUCCUUGGAGUUAUACUUAUAAUAUCUCUUCUGCUGCUGGACUUCAUAAAACGCAGGAAGACAUGGGCUCGCUUCCCCCCAGGACCUCCUUCAAAGCCAUUUGUGGGUAAUAUGCUGCAGGUAGACUUCAGCAAUGCUCACAUCGCAUUGUGCAAGCUGAGUAAAGAAUAUGGCGAUGUCUACAGUCUGCAGUUCCUCUGGACCAAUCUUGUAGUACUCAAUGGAUUUGAAGUUAUGAAAGAAGCUUUGCUUAACAAGUCAGAAGACAUAGCUGAUAGGCCUAAUUUUCCCGUCUAUGAGGCACUUGGAUUUAAAGGCAAUAGCAAAGGUCUUGUAUUAGCCAGAUAUGGCAUAUCAUGGAAGGAGCAUAGAAGAUUCUCGCUGUUCACUCUCAGGAACUUUGGGAUGGGUAAGAAGUCUCUGGAGGAAAGAGUGACUGAGGAAGCUGGAUUCCUGUGUUCUAGAUUCCAGUUAGAAAAAGGCCGUUCUUUUGAUCCUCACUUCUUGAUAAAUAAUGCUGUAAGCAAUGUGAUUUGCUCCAUUGCAUUCGGAGAUCGCUUUGAAUACAGUGAUGCCAAAUUCCAACAAUUACUCCAUCUCUUUAUGGAAGCUUUAAAGGCAGAGUCUGGGUUCCUGGCACAGAUUGCAAAUGAAAUUCCGAUCCUGAUGAAAAUUCCUUGGUUGGCAAACAAAAUACUAGAACCAGAAUACAAAAUAUUACCAUUUUUAAAUGACUUGAUUUCAGAACAUCGGAAAAGUUUUGAUCCUAAUCACAUAAGAGAUUUUAUAGAUGCCUAUAUGCUGGAAAUGGAAAAUAUGAAAGAAAAUAGUGAUAGCAGCUUUAAUGAAACAAAUUUACUAUUGACAACGUAUGACUUAUUUGGGGCUGGGACAGAAACCACGUCGACCACUCUAAGAUGGGGCUUCUUGUUCAUGAUGAUAUAUCCAGAGGUCCAGUUGAAAGUCCAUGAGGAAAUUGACAAAGUGAUUGGAAGAGAAAGAAAGCCUACAAUGGGGGAUGUGCUAGAAAUGCCAUACACCAAUGCAGUGGUUCAUGAAAUUCAACGCUGCGGGGACAUUGUGCCUCUGGGUUUUCCACAUAUGACCUACAGGGACACCGAGAUAAAAGGAUAUUUCAUACCAAAGGGUACCACUGUCAUUACCAACCUGUCAUCUGUGCUGAAGGAUGAAAAGGUGUGGAAGAAACCAUAUCAGUUUUACCCCGAGCAUUUCCUGGAUGAGAAUGGCAAGUUUGUGAAACAAGAAGCGUUCAUGGCAUUUUCUGCAGGUCGGCGGGUCUGCCUGGGAGAGAGUCUUGCAAGAAUGGAACUUUUCUUAUUCUUUACAUCACUCAUGCAGCAGUUUAAAUUCGAGAUGCCCGACAACGAACCUCGUCCAAGGGAGGAUGGCCAACUUGCAUUUACACUCAGCCCACAUCCUUACAAAAUGUGCGCUGUAUCAAGAAUGUAGCUUGAUAAAGUAAAAAUCCUUAUAAUUCUCUAUAAAUGUGGCUACAUAUUUUGCAAUAAUUAAUGUAACAACACAAUUGUUUGAUUAUAUAGGACAUCUAGCUCAUAGGAACUUCUAAAAAAAAAACUGGUUAACUGUUUUAAAUGCUGCACUUUUGAGACCAUUUUUUAAUUAUAUGGUUACAAUGUACUAAUUAAAUUAACAUUUGGAUUUGUAAUUGUAUGAAUGAGUGUAGGACUGCGCUUUAGAAAACGGGUAGGACUAUGAAAGACAGAAUAAAGAAAAUGAAGAUGUAGGUAGGCAAAAUAUGCUGCACAAGUCUAUGAAUUUAUCGAUAUGAUAUUAUCCAUAACCAAAUGAAUCUACCUAUAUACACACUUUGCUUCUAAACAUUAUUAAAGUAAAGGGUAUCAUAUUGUAAUAUCCUUUCCACAUUAUAUAUCAGUGCUAAAAAUUGUGUUACAGUUUGACAUAAAUAAAGAAUAAAAAAAUGUAUCUAUCACAUUAAAUAGAGGAAACGAUUUUUAAAAGAGUGUUUAAAGAUCCAUAGGAAAGUGUUAAUUCAAUGUUUCCUUAUGGAGUAACUGCAACAAACCUACAAAGAUGUAUUUUGGAGCAGGCACUGUUUACAGUCAUGUAUCAUUCAUCUGCAAUGUUAACCUCACAAUGUACAUCCACAAGUGCCAAGAUUAUACAAAGCCAAUCUGUACUUUCAAUCACAAGAUAUGAACUGACUGAAUUGAGAUGAAUUGUUGCAAUGCUGACUUCAGUGGCUGGAUUCUGUACUGGUGACAUCACAAUGUAUAUCCACACACAGGAGAUCAUUCACAAGAUUGUUGUUCUGCUUAUUUCACAGUGCAUGAAGUUGUUAAG